AUGGAGGAUCCUCAAUCGCAACGUCCAAAGCAGGCCGCCUGUCUGGUCUGCCGCCGAAGCAAGAUCAAGUGCGACUAUUCUCCGCAUGAGAACAAAUGCAAGAGGUGCAUUCAGCUCGACACUGAGUGCAUUCGACCUACAUUCCAUGCUGGAAGGCAAAAAGGUAUCAAAAACAAGCGAAAGGGUCUAGAUAAAGCUCUAUACCAGAUAGAACAGGCCAUUAAGAGGUCCAGAACUGGUGAACAGUCUUCCGAAGAUGACAAGGCCAUCGGCAAUCUCCAGGCGCUCCUGGAGGGCUCUCGAAAUGCUCGGUCAACUACCGCCUCCUCUCACUUAGGGCGGGGUUCUUCUCAGUUCAAUAGUCCCAAUCAACAACCUGACCUUUCAUCUGAUGAUGAUGAUGAUGAGCUGAAUGACACCCCAGACAGCAACAACUACAUAAGCUUGCAUCAUCACAAUGAAGAAAGCCUCGCUAUUGACGAUGCUGAGAACCCGCUCCAGUUGCUGGCGCGCGCCUCCAACUUGCAGCUGUCGCCCCAGCCCAUCAACGGUCUGUCGCCGAAGCAGCUAGGUCCUCGUGCCAGUCGCAAGAAGCAGCUGCAGCAACUGCAGCAACAGCAGCAGCAGCAGCAACAGCAGACUGAGCAACCUGAUGAGGAUUUGGAGAUGCAGUCCUUCUUCACAUCUGUUCGUGUCAACCUCGAUGUUGGCGAUGAUAUCGAUCCAAUCAGCAUGGGUCUCGUUACUGAAGAAGAGGCGGAUUCACUUUUCGCAUUCUUUCACAGCAAGCUCGCCCACACACGCUGGGGUCUUGAUCCAAAGAUUUACACCACGGGCUUCACUCGAGCCCGGUCGGCCUUCCUCUGCACUUCCAUCAUGGCGGCAUCUGCUUUGUUCCUACCGUCCGCCGGAGCCUUGUCCAAGAGACUUUCCAACCACUGCAAGACCCUUGCCCAACGAGUCCUUACCAAGCGCCACAAGUCCGUCGAGAUUGUUCUUGCUUUCAUGGUAAACGUCCCUUGGAUGUACCCGGGCCAACACAGCACCGACGACGAGACCUGCUGGUAUGUGAACAUGGCAGCCACCAUCGCCAUUGACCUUUCGCUUCACAAACUCCUGAUCCCGGUGGAGAUUCUCGCAUCUGGGUCGAACAUGGCAUUGGCUCGCGGAGACUGCCUCGACCCUCGUAUGGCUCUAGCAAUGGAUGGCUUCGGCCAGAUCGAAUAUACUUCUGAUCUGGGCCAAAGGCUUCUUCGACGCCGCGAGCGCUGCUGGAUCGCUUUGUUUGUCUUGGAGCGAGGCAUGUCACUGGCUCGCGGCCGACCUUACACUGUCCCGAUUACCCGAAUAAUCAAGGAUUGCGACCAGUGGCACAGAUCCAGCAUUGCCGACCCCAUGGACGGCCAUUUAGUCUCUAUGGCUGUCCUCCGCCGCGACCUCGAUGGAUUGCUUGCCACCGUCCGCGCUCUGUGCGACGGAUCUCAGGGCAUAUCUACAGACGGAGGUCUCAUCGCACAGUCCAUCGAGAGUGCCAUCGAGAGAUUCUUUGACCAAUGGCUCACGGAAUGGGGUUUCUCUAUCGGCACUGGGCCGCAGCGACGCCUGCCUCCCUAUGUUGAGAUCCUGGUAACCCAUACACGACUGUCGACCUAUGGUGGCGUCAUCAACCACCCGACAGCCCCGAUGGAAGUCCGACAGUUCUUUCGUACGGCUGGCCUUUCAUCCGCCGUUACGGUCAUGCGCGCAGCUAUACAAGGAGAAGCCCAGCUACAGUCGAUUCCCAACAACACGACUAUUAUGGUCUCCUUCGCUGCCUGCUUUGCUCUCACUCUGAGCGCCUAUGCCACAGGUAGCUCAAACCUGGCACCGAGCAUCCGGAACCUUAUCGAAGAAACAGCAGACGUCUUGGAACGCAUUGGGUCAGCAACAAAGCACAGGAACGGCCUGUCUACAUUGUACGGAAGAUAUCUUCGAAAUAUCGUAAAGAAGGCCGCCAUAGCCAUGGACGGCCAGCCACAAAUCCAAAUGCACCCGGAAACAACAAUUCAUAGAACCAGUCAGCUCAGCACACCUUCCUCGGCUGUGGCGACAUCUCCUCCUAUCAACUCGGCGAGAAUACCGGUCUCGCAGCCACCUUACAUGGAGUCCCAGCUGUGGCCCGGAACUCUACAGUUCUCUGCCAUGUCUGACGACCAGAUUGCCGAGGUAUUAAAUCAACCCGGCAAUGAAUUUGACCCCUCGUUCGCAGGUUUGUCCUGGGACGACAUGAACAAUUUCGACUGGUUGAGCUGGCCCAACCUAACGGAGUACGGUUUUUAA